UCCAUCUUUUAUGUGCUGGUUUUGGAGCCUUGGGGAGCUAGGGUUUCGUUUCAUUUCUCCCAUGCAGAAACGAUGAUAAGGAAGAUGUGCCCUAACCUCGAUAAACAAGACGCCCUGGAGACCGUCCUGGAAGUGCCUAUCCCCGAAGAAAUGUACAUCCAAAUGGGCACCAGCGCCGCUUUACGGUGGCGGAAUCUCCGAGCUUCCAUGAAGGCACACUCGGCUACUUUCGGUAAUAUACCCACCGCCCAUCUCCAAGCUAAAUCCGAUAAUGAGUUCUUGGCUUUGCUUAAGAUUGUUGGCGCUCCUCUCAUCCCUUUCCAAGUCCAUUUGCUCGGCUGCUCACUUUCGUCUCCCCUCAAAAAUUUCCCCAUUGAAUCAUCGACAGCAAAAUAUAUAGUGCACCAGUACGUGGCGGCGUGUGGGGGGCAUUUGACGUUGAGUUCGACGACUAGCAUGUCGGCUGUGGGGCACGUGAAGAUGAGGGGGUCGGAGAUGCAGGCGGGCGAUGAUAGCGUGCAGAUAAAGAAGGGUUAUGAGGUAGGGGGGUUCGCAUUGUGGCAGAAGAACCCUGAUCUCUGGUAUUUUGAACUUGUGGUGUCUGGUUACAAGGUUUGUGCUGGCAGUGAUGGUAAGGUGGCUUGGAAUCAGUCUUCUUCUCAACCUGGUCAUGCUAAUCGAGGCCCUCCUAGACCCUUACGUCGAUUUUUCCAGGGAUUGGACCCGAGGUGUACGGCUAGCUUAUUCGAAGAAGCGGUUUGCAUCGGGGAGCGGAGAGUGGACGACGAAGAUUGUUUCGUCCUCAAGCUUGAAAUGGCCUCGAGUGUUCUCAAAGCUCAGAGUUCAGAUCAGACGGAGAUCAUCCAUCACACCAUCCGGGGAUAUUUCAGUCAAAGAACAGCGCUUCUCGUGAAAUUCGAGGACGAGAAGCUGGUGAUGAUGAAGCCAUCGAAAGGGAUCGACUGUGUCUUCUGGGAGACCAGCGCGGAAUCGAUGAUUAAAGAUUACAGACAUGUCGAUGGCAUAAAAGUAGCCCAUAGUGGGAAGACGAUGACAACGCUUUACAGAUACGGCAAGUCCGUUAAUCACAAGAGGAAGAUUGAAGAAACAUGGAGGAUUGAUGAGGUUGAUUUCAACAUUAGUGGAUUGCCUAAUGAGACUUUCCUGCCCCCUGCCGAUCUUAAGAGAGAGCAUGAACAACAAUGAUUCAUAGAUUUUUCUUCUUUGUACAUA